AUGGCUCCGAAACUAAAGUCUGCAGAGAAGAAACAGCAGUCAUUGACCUCCUUUUUCACCCCCAAAGCCGUCGAUGGACCUGCUGUCCCCUCCAAGCAGCAGACCGAAGCUCGAGUAGCGGACGCUGCCGUGAACCAUGACGCCGAGUCUCCUUCUCGCAAGCGACCCCUGGAGGAGAAUACCGACAACGGAAAUGAAGGGCCGGAGAGGUCGUCGAAAAGGCCCAGAGGUGACGAGAAUGAUGUCAAUGGAGAGAAAAGCACAUUCGUUGCCAAGCGUAAACCGACAAAUGCUUCGGGUGCACCCCGGGCUGGUCGCUAUCUGUACGACGACUCAAGUACCAAGCCUGCGACUGGAUCGACACAAGAUGACGGCGGUGAGAAUGACGAAGUAAGAUACAGGAAUCAAGAUCUACAUCGACGAUUUGUAAAGAAACUGGGUCAUCCUGAUGCCAUGGCUUGGAAGUCAAGGGUGGCCCAGGAUGAUGGGGCCACAGGAGGCGAGGAUGGCGAUGCAGAAGAUGCCGACGAAGACGAAUCACCAGCGCCUGCAAAGGCAAAGAAGAAGGGCGCAAAGAGCGGCAAACUUACGCCCAUGGAGAUUCAGUUUCUGGACAUCAAGAGAAAGCACCUGGAUACUAUUCUCAUCGUCGAAGUCGGCUACAAGUUUCGGUUCUUCGGAGAGGAUGCCAGAACCGCGGCAAAGGAGCUUGGCAUCGUUUGCAUACCUGGCAAAAUGCGAUAUGAUGAGCAUCCUUCCGAAGCGCACCUCGACCGUUUUGCCUCAGCAAGCGUCCCCGUGCACAGACUCUCUGUUCACGCAAAGCGGCUCGUAGCAGCAGGACACAAAGUGGGUGUUGUUCGACAAAUAGAAACAGCUGCCCUGAAAAAAGCAGGCGACAAUCGCAACACCCCAUUCAUUCGAAAGCUGACAAAUGUCUACACAAAAGGGACAUAUAUUGACGAAGUCGGCGAGCUGGACCAACAAGCUGAAGGAGCGCCAGCCGGCGGCUAUUUGCUUUGCAUAACAGAGACGAAAUCCAAAGGAAGCGGAACCGAUGAAAAAGUAGACGUCGGCAUACUAGCAGUCCAACCCGCAACUGGCGACAUCAUCUACGACAACUUCGAAGAUGGUUUCAUGAGAAGCGAGAUCGAAACGAGGCUGCUGCACAUCUCACCCUGCGAGUUCCUCAUAGUGGGUGACCUCACCAGGGGAACCGACAAACUGGUUCAGCACCUGUCAGGAAGCAGCACCAAUGUCUUUGGAGACCGAAGUCGAGUAGAGCGGGUGCCUCGGCCACCCACAAUGGCGGCAGAAGCGUACUCGCAUGUCACGCAAUUCUAUGCCGACAAGCUCAAGGACACGUCACAAAACGAGACCGCCAGUGCCUUACUUGACAAGGUGCUCAAGCUUCCCGAGCCAGUCACAAUAUGCUUAUCAGCCAUGAUCAACCACCUCAAGGAGUACGGGCUGGAACACAUUUUUGAUCUUACCAAGUAUUUCCAGAGCUUCACUACCCGGUCCCACAUGCUCGUCAACGGCACCACCCUCGAGAGUCUCGAGGUCUACCGCAACUCCACGGACCACGCAGAACGAGGCAGUCUCUUCUGGGCUCUAGACAAGACCCUCACCCGCUUCGGGCAGCGUCUUCUCCGAAAAUGGGUCGGCCGUCCCCUGCUAGACCAAGACCGUCUCGAGGAGAGACUAGCUGCCGUUGAGGAACUUCUCAACAAGCAAUCCACAGCGCCAGUCGACGAUCUUGAGAAACUCCUCGCCACAACCAAGAUAGACCUCGAGCGCAGUCUCAUUCGCAUCUACUACGGCAAAUGCACGCGUCCCGAACUCCUCUCAGUCCUCCAAACCCUCCAAAAGAUUGCCACGCACUACUCCUCCAUCAAGUCACCCUCCAGCAACCCCUUUUCGUCUCCUCUCCUCGCGACCUCCAUCAAUGCACUUCCCCAAAUUCUCAACACAGUCGUGUCCUACCUCGAGAGAAUCAACCUCGAAGCCGCUCGCAAGGACGACAAAUACGCCUUCUUCCGAGAAGAGUACCAAACCGAAGAUAUUCAAGACCAGCAGAUGGGCAUUGCACACGUAGAGCAUGAACUGGGCGAACAUCUCAAAGUGGCCGCGGCGAAGCUGAAAAAGAAAAAGGUCGAUUAUGUGACAGUGGCAGGCAUAGAAUUCCUCAUUGAAGUCCCCAAUAGUGACAUCAAAAAUGUCCCUGCAUCGUGGAGCAAAAUCUCGGGCACCAAGAAGGUAUCUCGCUUCCACACCCCCGAAGUAAUGCGCAUGAUUAGCGAGCGAGAUCAACACCGCGAAGCCCUCGCCGCCGCUUGCGACAAGGCAUUCAAGAAUUUACUCGCGGAGAUAUCAUCCGACUACCAGCCACUUCGUGAUGCCGUUUCAUCACUCGCGUCACUCGAUUGUCUCCUUUCCUUAUCCAAGGUCGCCGCUCAGCCAGGAUACCAUAGACCAACCUUCUUACCAUCCUCAUCCGAACCUACAGUGGCCAUUACUCAGGGUCGGCAUCCCAUUGCAGAACAUACCAUUGAAACAGGCUACAUCCCAUUCAGCACCACCCUCGCCCACCCCUCGCCCCUGGCACACCUCAUCACAGGUCCCAACAUGGGCGGCAAAUCAUCCUACGUCCGCGCCCUCGCCCUCAUCGUGCUCCUCGCACAGAUCGGAUCCUUCGUCCCUGCAGAUGCCAUCUCCCUCACGCUCUGUGAUGCAAUUCACACUCGUACCGGCGCAAGGGAUAACCUCUUUGCGGGGGAAUCUACCUUCAUGGUGGAAGUAUCUGAAACAGCAAGAAUACUACGGUCUGCCACUCCACGGAGCCUAGUUAUUUUCGACGAGCUUGGUCGCGGGACCAGUACACAUGAUGGUGCCGCCAUUGCUCAAGCAGUUUUGGAGCAUGUAGCAACUGAGACGCGUUGCCUCACGCUAUUCAUCACGCAUUACCAAAACCUAGCUAGAGUGGUGGAAGGCCUGCCCGGUGUCAGUAACCUUCACAUGAAGUUUAAAGCUGGCAAAGGGCCCGAUGGUGAUGAGGAGAUUACUUUUCUCUAUGAAGUGGGCGAAGGGGUUGCACAUCGAUCGUACGGGUUGAAUGUUGCGCGUCUUGCGCGGAUCCCCAAAAAGGUCAUUGAUGUGGCUGCCAAUAAAUCUGGUGAGAUGGAACUGGAUAUGAGGAUGCGGCGUCUUAGAGGAGCCAGCCGAAUGCUAGCUGAAGUAGUGAGUGAUGGACCAGAUCAGCUAGAGCAUUUGAUUGCGAGUAUUGAGCAGUUGUGA